CAAAUGUGCGCGCCGUCGCCUCUGCCCCGUCGCGCGUCGGCCCUGGGGACUGGUGUUUCCCUACAGCUACCAUGAGCAAGCGGAACCAGGUGUCCUACGUGAGGCCGGCCGAGCCGGCGUUCCUGUCCCGCUUCAAGGAGCGGAUCGGCUACCAGGAAGGACCUACGGUAGAGACCAAGAGAAUCCAGCCACAGCUCCCUGAGGAAGAUGAUGAGCACAGUGACAAAGAAGAUGAACAGCCCCAAGUGGUGGUUUUAAAAAAGGGACACCUGUCAGCUGAAGAAGUCAUGAAGAUUAAAGCGGAAAUAAAGGCUGCCAAAGCAGAUGAAGAACCACCUCCAGCCGAUGGGAAAAUUAUGUAUCGAAAACCAGUUAAGCGUCCCUCAGAUGAAAAAUACUCAGGUUUAACAGCAAGCUCAAAAAAGAAGAAGACAAAUGAAGAUGAAGUCAAUAAGCAGGACUCAGUUAAAAAGAACUCACAGAAGCAAAUAAAAAACAGCAGCCUCCUUUCUUUUGGCAAUGAAGAUGAAGAUGAGUAAACAUUUUGAGCUCAGACUCCUUUGAAAGUAUGAGGUGCUUUUCAGAUAACUUUCUCCUAUUACAAAGAUACUAUAUGUUCAUUCUAGAAAAUACAGGAAAAACUAGUAAAAUGAAAACUAAGUCCAUCCAUUAAUACACCUCUGCCUGGAAAUGCCAGCUCUGCAGAAGUUAACUCCUAUUAAUGUUUUGUUAUUCCCCAUAUGUGGGUGUGUUUAUAUGUAAAUUAUAUUUUUGAAACAUAAUUAAUGUUGUGUUAUGAACAUUCUCUAUCCUACUUCUCAUUUAACAUUACAUUGUGAGCAUUUUCAAAAUGUAAAUUCAAGGGGCUGGCGUUGUGGCAUAGCAGGUAAAGUGGUGCACCGCCUGUGACGCCAGCAUCCCAGAUGGAUGUGGGAUCCUGUUCCAGCUGCUCCACUCUGAUCUAGCUCUCUGCUGAAGGCCUGGGAAAAGCAGCAGAAGAUGGCCUGAGUGUUUGGGCCCCUGCCACCUUGUAGAAGACGUGGAUAAAGCUCCUGGUUCCUGGCUUCGGCCUGGCCUUGUCCUGGUCGUUAUGGCCAACUAGGGAGUGAACCAGUGGAUGGAAGAUCUCUGUAUCUCCCUCUCUCUUUGUAACUCUUUCGAAUAAGUACAUCUUUAAAAAUGUAUAUUAAAAAUUACAUUUUGUCAUGUCAGUAAAUUUCAAAACCCUGACAUUAAUAGUUAGAGAAUUUCAUUGACAGCUUCCCUAUUGUAUGCUCCUCAUUAGUGGAGCUCCAUUGUGGGUUGGGAGAUGAUUAUGUGCCUGGUUAAAAAGACCUCCCCCAACUCAUACCAAGUGGGCUGUGUGACUCUGCUUUAUAAAGCUUCUGGGGGUGUACACACAGGACUGACCUGGCAGGCCUGAGCCUUUCCCUUGGUCUCCAUCCUGUCUGGAGUAGAGACGUGGGUAUUUCUAAUGAUUUCCUUAGAGUGAAUUGCUAGAAGUUAAACUACUGGGUCAAAUUUAAAUAUUUGUAUAGCUGUUGAUAUUUAUUCCCUUAUUGCUUUCAGAGAAUUUUGCUGUUACUAUCUUAUGCACUAUCUGUAAGAGCCCACUUCUUAUCCAUGUUAGUAGUGCACUAGCCUUUUUGGUACCAGGCCCUUAAGUUUUGUGAAUUGGAUAAAUUGAGAGUAGCAUUUCACAUAGUUAAACUAUGAUCUACCAGGAGAGACUAAACUCUUUCAUACAUUAAUACACCAUUUUAUGUUUCUUUUUUAAGAUUUAUUUAUUUAUUUAUUUGAAAGGCAGAGAGAGAGAAAGAGAGGUCUUCCACCCACUGGUUCACUCCCCAAAUGGCUGCAGUGACUGGACUGGGACAGGCCAAAACCAGGAGCCAGGACCCUCUUCUGGGUCUCCCAAGAGGGUGUAGGGGCCCAAGGGCUUGGGCCAUCUUCCACUGCUUUCCCAGGCCAUGGCAGAGAGCUGGAUUAGAAGUGGAGCAGCCAGGACUCAAACCAGCACCCAUAUGGGAUGCCAGCACUGCAGGCAGCAGCUUUACCUGCUAUGCCACAGCACCAGCUCCAUUAUAUUUCUUUUUUCAAUUAACUUCUUGUUCAUUUUCUACCAUCAUAGUCCUUAUUUUCUUACUAAUUUGUAACUUAUGUAAUCUAUCAAUCUUUUGUUCUGGCUCCCAGCCACUUUGUCAAAUAAAGAAUACAUUUUUUUUUUUUUUUUUUUUUUACAUUUUAAACUUUAUUCCACUUAGAAUUAUUUUUCCUCAAAUCAUCAAUUGUCCUAGAACCAUAUCUAUUCCUCAUCUAUUUGAAAGACAUCAGAAUGCAGGAUUGGGGUUUUGGGGUAAAGAAGGGAGGGAAGCCUUAUAAAGCCUGAGCCAUUCCUUAUGAUUCCUCAAGACCCUGAUUAAUCCUAACAAUUCUCAUUAAUAAUCAACCGAAACUGGAGGCUUGUUAUGAUCCCAUCCUUCACUGGCUACAUCCAUCUGAAGUUAAGUCUCAGAGCAUCCUAUCAUGAAUUUAGUGCCCCCAUCUCUCUACUUUAGGUACCUGAUGUAAAGAAUACUCAAAAGUGGUACACGUCAGGCCAGCGCCAUGGUGUAGUAGGCUAAACCUCCACCUGCAGCGCCAGCAUCCAUGGCCACUGGUUCGUGUCCCAGCUGCUCCUCUUCUGAUCCAGCUCUCUGCUAUGGCCUUGGAAAGCAGCAGCAGAUGGCCCAAGUCCUUGAGCCCCUGCAUCUACAUGGGAGACCCGGAAGAAGCUCCUAGCUCCUGGCUUCAGAUUGGCCCACCUCCGGCCAUUGGGGCUAUUUGGGGAGUGAACCAGCAGAUGGAAGACCCUUCUUUCUCUCCUUCUUUCUUUCUGUAACUCUACCUCUCAAAUAAAUAAAAUCUUUAAAAAAAAAAAAAAAAUGUGCUGCAUGUGGGUCCA